UCUCUUUCUUUCUCUGGAAAAAAUCUUUCUUCUCUGUGAGAAAAAAAUCUUUUGAAUGAACCCUCUCCUCUUUUUUUCUUUCUGGCUGUUACAAAGACAGUAACUGUUCUCACAAGCAGUCCCACAGUCAUGGGUUUGGCUGUACAUAGUGGCUGCAAAAGGAUUCAGAAGGAAAAGAAGCACAAGUACGACCUGCAUUAGAAACUAUUUCCAUAUUUGUGCAAUAGGAUUAGAAGAACGAGGCACCUCCACGCUUCACAGCUGAAGGAACAAGCCUAAGCUGCCAGAUACCAUUGCAAACUGUCACAUCAGCAAGGACUGAACCUGGCCAGAGGAACUUCUGAACAAGAAACAAGAUUUUCUAGGUUCUGGAGAAGUCAGUAUGUUGGAUCAGAUUCAUUGGCUGGCUGCCGUGACAGUCCUGGGAGUCCUGGAGCAAGCCUACUUCUUCCUCCAGGUGAUCCAUGCUAGGAGGUUGUUUGGCAUUUCACCUCCAAAGAUCUCAGGCCCUCCCGAAUUUGAAAGGAUCUUUCGAGCACAGGUGAACUCCUCUGAGUAUUUUCCCAUCUUCCUGGCACUUCUGUGGCAGGCUGGACUCUUCUUCCAUCAAGGUCUGGCUGCAGCCUUGGGUCUGCUCUAUCUCUUCGCCCGCUACUGCUACUUUAUGGGAUACAAGGCAUCACCCUCAGAAAGACUCGCCCCGAUAUACUUCAGCGCUGGAGUUCUCUGGAUUCUCAUUGCAGUGUCAGCCAUGGGCAUCCUGCAUUUCUUCUUCUCUCACUAUGUGGGGCUCAACGUCCUCCAGCUUCUCACAGCAUGACCCAUUCCUCUGCUUCACCACUGUCCUCAUCUUCAAGUCCUGCUCCCUCCGGCCCACCUUAACAGACUGGCUGCAACUCUACAGCCCUCAAUGAGAAAUCCACCCUCACCCAAGCUUUUAACACCUCCUUCCUCACUGUCCAGCACUGGCAGGAGCUGCUGAGCUGUUUAGGAGAUAUUUUUCCCCCAUGGCACUUGGUGUGCCAAGUGCUCUACAUCUGGCAGCUUCAUUGUGUCUGAUGUGGAAACAACAACUCCAAACAAGGACAUAUAAAACAAACUCUCCUCAGUCUGAGUUUCCCAGUGAGUUGCCAAAGAGAAGUGCCAUGUGUUCCCCAUUAUCCAGCAGCUCUGCCCUUAGCCCAGGCACAGAAGACUCCAGUUUUCCAAGGCCCACACCUAAGAAAAGCAUUUGUUUGGAACCAGAUGUGGGCUGAGACACAACAAAAGAGGUGAGGGAUAAACUGGAGUAGCCACCAACAUGUUAUGCAAAAGUCUGUUGGUGCCCUCAUGCUGGCUAUCAGCCACUGCUGUGAAUCAGAGUGAGCAAACUCAUCACAACUGCUGUGUGUGCCACUUUGAACUUGGCCCAGUGACAACAGGCACAAAUAAAAGGUCACUGAACCUCC